GUGCCUUUGAAAUCACCUGCACGGGCUUCCUGUGGCCCUAGGUGGGAGGGAGGACAUCUUUGUGCUCAUCGAGGAGGAGUCUGCUGGUAGACUUCGAGUAGCAGCCUGGCCACCGCCUUCUUUCUGCUCUCCACCUCCCCCCUCCUCUACCUCAUCCGCGACUGCAGCAGCAUCCCGGUGCCUCAUGGAUGCAUGAAGAAAGCCUGAAGCACGGCACCUCCCGCGCCACGAUGGGCCGCGAGUUAUUCACUGCGUUGCUUUGUUGAUAUUGAUUGAUAUUUCAGUUAUCAAAUAUGAAUCAUGCAUUUGAUAUUUCUGGCCACUUUGCUCCUCAGCAUCCAUUCGCCCUGGCUUCGUUCAUCCCUAGCUUCAUUCGUUUCACAAGGAGUAGAGGACAAGGUUGAGAGGGACGCAGUGCCAGCACUGCUGAAGCAACAGGCAACUGCAGCACCUGUUACAGACAACACAACACACCAUGCAGUGGAGCAUGUGAUCACCUACCCUUCACGAUUGAUCUUCUACCUAAAUGAGGAUUCAGAGAGCACCUACCAUGACUUGGACACCCGGGUCAAGAACCAAGGCACAGAGGACCAGGCAGUCCACCUUGCCCAAGCCAGCUUCCAGUUAGAGGCAUUCGGCUCCAGAUUUGUUCUGGAUCUAACGUUGAACACUGACUUGCUGUCUUCAGAUUAUGUUGAGAUCCACUAUGAAGGGGGCAAGCCUGUUCUAUCAAAGGGCGGUGAGCACUGUUACUACCACGGUGAGGUGAGAGGGAACGACAACUCCCACGUGGCCUUAUCUACCUGCAACGGGCUGCACGGGAUGUUUGAUGAUGGAGCCUAUGUGUAUCUAAUUGAGCCCUUACAACAGACUCAUUCAAUUGAUACAGCUCCGAGGCCUCACAAACUAAGAAGAACCACUUCCUUUCACUGGGACAACGAUUCAGAGGAACAAGUGGAGGAGGAGCAGCUCUUCUCAGAGCUUGAUGACUUGUCCUGGCUGAAGCGCAGGAAAAAGCGAGCUAUGCCUCGGAGUAUAUUUGAGGAGAUGAAGUAUUUAGAAAUCAUGAUUGUCAGUGACCACAGUUUGUUUAAACGACACAAGACCAAGCCGUACAUGAGGAAUUUUGCCAAGUCAGUGGUGAAUAUUGUGGACGGGUGGGGGGGCAGUAUCUUCAAAGAGCAACUACAUACACGUGUGGUGCUCGUUGCUGUGGAGAUAUGGACAGACAAGGAUCAGAUCCCCAUUAGCGUGAGGCCACUGGAAAUGCUGCGAGAUUUCUCCAAGUACCGGCAGCAGAGCAUCAAGCACCACGCCGAUGCCGUUCACCUCUUCUCAAAUGUGACCUUCCACUACCGCCGAAGCAGUGCAGCAUACUUUGGGGGCAUGUGUUCCAUAAGCCGUGGAGUAGGGGUCAAUGAGUAUGGCACCACCGGGACCAUGGCAGGGUCUCUGUCCCAGAGCCUGGCACAGAAUCUGGGCAUCCAGUGGGACCCGGCGUCUAAGAGAAAGGAAUGUGGGUGUGCUGACUCAUGGACUGGCUGUAUAAUGGAGGACACUGGGGUCCAACACCCACGGAGAUUCUCCAAAUGCAGCAUUUCAGAUUACAAGGAGUUCCUCUUGAAAGGUGGAGGCUCAUGUCUAUUUAACAGGCCAACCAAGCUGUUCCAGGCCACAGAAUGUGGAAAUGGAUUUGUAGAAGUGGGAGAGGAGUGUGACUGUGGAGCAAGAGCUGAGUGCUAUAAGGAGUGCUGCAAGAAGUGCUCCCUCGCCAAUGGGGCGCACUGCAGUGACGGCCCAUGCUGCAAUAUCACAUGCCUGUUCUAUCCUCGAGGUUACGGUUGCCGCUAUGCUGUGAAUGACUGUGAUAUCUCAGAGACCUGCUCUGGGGACUCUGGACAGUGCCCUCCCAACCUUCAUAAACAAGAUGGUUACCUCUGCCAGGUUAACCAGGGUCGCUGCUACAAUGGAGAGUGCAAGACCAGAGAAAGCCAGUGUAAAUACAUCUGGGGGCCAAAGGCUGCCAGCUCAGAGAAGUUCUGCUAUGAGAAACUGAACACAGAGGGCACAGAGAAGGGCAACUGUGGAAAAGAUGGUGACAGAUGGAUCCAGUGUAGCAAACACGAUGUAUUCUGUGGUUACCUUUUGUGUGCCAACAUUGGUCGCGGCCCACGCAUUGGAAUGAUGAAAGGAGAUAUUACCCCCACCACUUUCAACCAUCAAGGCAGGCUGGUAGACUGCAGUGGUGGCCAUGUCCUUUUAGAUGAUGAAACUGAUUUAGGCUACGUGGAGGAUGGAACUCCCUGUGGGCCGUCAAUGAUGUGCCUUGACCGCAAGUGUCUGCCCAUUCAGUCACUCAAUACGAGUACCUGCCCCAGUGGACCUAAUGGACAGGUGUGCUCUGCACAUGGGGUGUGCAACAAUGAAGCCACAUGCACCUGUGACACCACGUGGGCAGGGACAGACUGUAGCAUGCCUGACCCACCUAAAGAGCCACCCACUCAGGAUGAAGGACCCAAGGGUCCUAGUGCCACCAAUCUAAUAAUAGGCUCCAUCGCCGGAGCCAUCCUUGUGGCUGCCAUAGUGCUGGGGGGGACUGGAUGGGGCUUUAAAAAUGUGAAGAAACGGCGAUAUGACCCCAACGCCACAGCCAUUUAACCUAAGGAGAGAUGGCUAUCACAGAAGGAUUCCUCCAAGGCUUCCUCAGUUGCCUACCUGACAGCUGGACUGCACUUAUUGCUGCUGAUCUUUGGCAUUAGAUUUACUUGAAAAAGACAUAGUGGACAUUUUAACAAACUCUAUUGUAGUGACAUUAGAAAUGCAGCCUUUUCAACUCCACCUCACCCAUAUAACGACCUCCCCCCACCCACCCUUAUCUUUAGAGUGACUGAGCUCCUCUUCCAUCCUUUAGUGCCAGUGCACAGGCAUUCAGGCGGAACCCACACCAGUCUCUCACCUGGCAUGAUUAUCCGCACAAAGCGUGCUGCUUGCUGGCCUCCUGGCAUGAAGAGUCCUCUUUACAGGGCUCUGCAUGGCUAUGAAAGCUCUGAAUAUACAGCAAAAAAAAACAAACAAAAAAAAAAAGAAUAAAAAGGAAUCAUCUAACAGAGGCGAAAGCCUCACUAAAAACCAAACAAAAUGGAAAGCCAACAUAAGCUCCUAUAGUUCAAGUUUAAGUGAAUGUGAGAACCCAUAAGGGCAGUGCAGACCCACAUAGUGAAUGCGCACACACAAAAUUGUACAUAAAUUAAGGGUUCAGGUUUGGACUUAACAUCAUAUUUUACAAGUACAUUAGCUGCUUUUAUUUAUUUAUUUUUUCAAAAGCAUGUUACACAAUGGGUGUUUUUGGCAGUGUUGUUUAAAAAAAACUGCAAUUAUGAUUUGGGCCAAAACUGUAACGCAAGCUGCACAGUGUGCUGUGUUUGUCGGGACAAAGGUCAAAGAUUUUCUUCAGUGGACAGAGCAGCUCCCCCCCCCCCCACCCAAAAAAAUAUCUUGAGCAGAGCGGUGACUCAGAAGCCAAAGAACCAAUCACCUGAAUAUAUGGAUGUUGUUGAACACAGAGCACUUUCCCCCCUCUGUCCGCAGCCAGUGGUGCCUAUCCUACUGCUGAGGGCGUGUAGUCUGUCCAUGCAGGCACUCACCUGUCCAGCCAGGUCUCACUGAACAGUCCUCAAUUAUUUCUGGCUUAGCCUUUUGCUUUCAUAAACUCUAAGUAGAAAUCAAGUUCAGCUCUACUGGUAACGCUGCAUGCUAUACUAUAGUGGGCUUACAAUUCUAUAUGGGAGUCCCCAAAAUCUGCAAGAAAAAUAUGCUACAAAAGAUAAGUGCAUGUCCACAACAAUGAACAUUAACUUUUAUUUACUAUGCAAAGAGAGAUAUUGCACAAUAGAAUGGGUAAUAAUGAUACCAUGACAUGGAAUUACAGAAUCCUCUGCUAAUCAUCGAAUCUUUUAUAUCUGGCCACUUCGACAUCUCACUUCAUUUCGCUUCAACAUACUCCGACUAUGAAUGGACAAAUAAAUAAAAAAGAAGAAGAACUGAAUGAAUAUUUCCAGUGAAACGUGAGAGGACUCUUUUACAUUUGUGGAACUGAAAAUCAUUUUUGUGUGUUUUUCAUCCAAUCUGAUAUUUUUAUUCACACAUAUGUACGCACACACACACACACACACACACAUACACACACACACAUACACAGACUGUAUGGUGCCUGUACAUAUUGAGGCCGGAACAGUUUCCUUGUGCAGGGCUAUUAUUUCCAGUCCAGCUGAUAGUUGGUGUGUUCCAGGUGCUGCCAUAGCACUGGCAUUGUUGUAAUCCUCCAUAUUACUCAUCGUCUGGUGUCUCUCUCACUGCAUCAUGUACAGUUGAACCAAUGAAUAAAUUACUGACAAAUUUUA